AUCCAGCAUCCACAGCAUUCCCUUAGCUGUGCGUUCUUUCAAAAUUUCCGGCAAUGGCUAUCACAAAUCAGUUGGCCUUUCAGCUCUCCAUUUCCUCAACCAGAACAUUCAUCUUCCGCCGCUUCUCCGCCGCUCAAAAUCCCCUUCCAUCCAUCUCCUCUGCUAUACCCUUCAAACCAGCACCGAAGAAUUCCAAAUCCGACAACCGUGCGACAGCUACUGUUCCAACCCCAAUGCAAUUCAACGCAAGUGCACGAGCGAACGAUGUAGCCACAACGGAAAUGGAAGAGCAAACAGAGAUGGAAGUUGCAGAAGGAUAUACCAUCUCUCAAUUUUGUGAUAAAAUAAUUGACAUUUUCAUGAAUGAGAAGCCCAAAACUAAAGAAUGGAGGAAGCUUUUGGUGUUUAGGGAAGAGUGGAAAAAGUAUAGGGAGAGCUUCUACAGUCAUUGCCAAAGGCGAGCAGAUUGGGAGAGUGAUCCAAUUAUGAAAGAGAAGUUACUUUCACUUGGGAGAAGGGUCAAAAGGAUCGAUGAUGAAAUGGAGAUCCACAGUGAACUUCUCAAGGAAUUACAGGACAGCCCGACCGACAUUAAUGCGAUAGUUGCAAAGCGGCGCAAAGAGUUCACAGAGGAUUUUUUUAAGUUCCUUACUUUGGUUUCAGAAACCCAUGACAGUUUGGAAGAUCAUGAUGCGGUGGCUCGACUGGCAGCCAGAUGUCUGUCUGCAGUUAGUGCUUACGAUCGAACAUUAGAGCACGUGGAGACGUUGGAUUCAGCACAGGUCAAAUUUGAUGAUAUACUGAAUUCUCCCACAUUGGAUGUGGCUUGUGAGAAGAUUGCAAGUCUUGCAAAGGCAAAGGAACUUGAUUCAUCAUUGAUCCUUUUGAUAAACAGUGCUUGGGCUUCUGCUAAAGAAUCCACAACCAUGAAGAAUGAGGUGAAAGAAAUAAUGUAUCGUUUAUACAAAGCCACAAAGAGCGGUCUAAGAAGCAUGGCCCCUAAAGAAAUAAAGCUAUUAAAGCAUUUGCUUAACAUCGUAGAUCCUGAAGAACGAUUUUCUGCUUUAGCAACAGCCUUCGCCCCAGGUGAUGGAAGUGAACCAAAAGAUCCAAAUGCUAUUUACACAACUCCAAAAGAGCUGCAUAAGUGGAUAAAGAUCAUGCUUGAUUCAUACCAUCUGAACCAGGAAGACACAGACAUCAGAGAAGCAAGGAAAAUGGCUCAGCCUAUUGUUAUACAAAGGCUUUUCAUUCUCAAAGAUACCAUUGAAACUGAGUAUUUGGAACAAAAUGAGUUGCAGAAUCCUCAAUCAAAACCAAAUCAUGUCUCUGCAAAUGCAGUUUCCAUAUAGUUGUAAGUGUCUCUCAUUUUUGUAAUCUACCCAACACUAGGAUCAUUAGAAUAGUUACAAAGUUAGGUAACUCGUGUCACGAUAUGACUUUUAUUUUUAAUAGAAUUUUGUCGAUAUUUUUUGUGCUAAA